AAGGUUCACGUACUACCAUUACUACCUUGUAUGGUUAUAUGCACAACUAUUCUAUAUAAAUCUGAGCUUAAAACGCGCUUCUUCGAAUUCGGUAUCACAGUCUGCUGUCAACAUGAAAGCGACGACUUUAGCCGUUAUACUGAUCAUCCUUGGAAUGUUCGCUUUGCAGGACGCCGAUGCAGGUUUUGGUUGCCCAUUUAAACCGUACAAGUGUGACAGGCACUGUAAGCACAUAUGGUGUCGUUUUGGCUAUUGUGACAUUAAGACUUUUUAUAUUAGAUGCACAUGUGCCGACUGUAGACGUUAUGAUGACAUGGAAAUCAUCAUGGCAGAUAGGACAGAUGAAUAACAGAUGAAUAAUGCUGAAAAUCAUCAUGACAGUUGAAUAAGCAGUUCGUGUCUGUUUCUUUAAACUGUAAAUUCUGUAAAAUACAAUAAAAGACAGAAUCCUUAGACGAGACUAUUAGAUAUCAUAACAAGACAUAUUCCAUUAUGAAAUUUAGCUUAUAAGGCGAUGAAACGAGGGUUAAUACUAACAGAAAUACAAAAAAGUUGGGACCGUCGGUCCAAAACAUAUCGUGCUAACCGGAGUAUCGAGCUAACCGAUAUCGAGAUAUUCAACUGUACUUGUAUCAUUACUACAAUCAGAAAAGUUGUUUCCUGAAUCAUUAAGGUACUUAGGCAACAGCAACAUUUUGCGACUUCUUGAUUGAAAUAGUAAAUGGACAGCCGGCUCAUGUGACUUCCCGUAGUAUUUAGCAGCAGUUACUAUUGUGUUUUCUAUUUUCGUACUGUACCAUAUUGAGGAAACAAAACACUAGCAAACUUUA